AUGGCGUCCAGUGGCACUCAGACUUCCGCCCCUAGCUCCACGCCCUCUGCUCCCGUCAAUAUCCCAGCGCCACCGGCCUCGACAAACGGCAAUACUGGAAUCGCCACUACGCCACCUCACAAUAGUACAUCUAACUUUUGCGAAACGUGUCAUAUCAAACCGAAGUAUAACGACGGCACGAAGACACAUCCUUACUGCAGCAAAGGGUGCGCCAACAAAUCCAAGAACAAUCGCAGCACGAACAAUGGGACGAAUGGCCAAAACAACGGAAACAACGGAAACCACGCAGGCUCUGCGAACUGUGACGUGUGCCAUAUUCGACCGAAGUACAACGACGGGACCAAGACGCACCCGUUCUGCGGCAAAGCCUGUGCGAAGAAGGCCAAUGGUGGUGGCGGUAAAAGUAUUUGUCGGGCGCCAGGCUGUCAGAAGCCUACUUAUACUACUUCGAAUGGUACUCAGAGCGAGUUCUGCUCUCUAGCGCAUAAGACGCUAGUGGAGACGAUAUGCAUUCUUUGCCUCCAAGCUCCGAAACAACCUGGGUCUCACUUCUGCAGCAAGACCUGUAGUGAUGAUGCUGAGUCGCAAGGACCUAUCAUUCUCGAGGUACCUCAAGGACACGUCACCUUCAAGAGCGUCGCUGAGCAAUUCAAAACAUCGUGGCGACAUGCUGGCACUUCCUGCCCACCUGUCAAACAUGUGUAUAAGAUCAUGUCGACCCCCGCGUCCCUUGCGAACUACAACGCUUAUCGUGCAGGUGUGGAGACUCGUGGACAAUUCGUGGCCUCGGGAAGAUCCGCUGGUAAUGAGAACCGCCGCUGGCACGGGACGCGUCGAGAGUGCAAUCUUGGCGACCCGGGACAGACUGCUUUUUGCUCGUCGACUACCUGUUCUUUGUGCUGCAUCGUUAGGACCUCGUAUGAAUUGCGCUUGUUUGGCAAGAAGACGGGAUGGGGAAGGUUCGGAAGGGGAAUUUAUACAUCUUCGACGUCUUCUAAGUCCAACGACUACUCUUCUAACGAUUGCAAGUCAAGCUUGAAAGCCAUGCUUUUGAACAAAGUUGUCGUCGGGAAAGGCUGCAAGAUGCUGCAUGACAACACAUCCUUGCAAGCACCUCCAGCUGGCUUCGAUUCGGUAUUGGCGGAGAAGGGUGGUAGUCUGAACUACGACGAACUGGUCGUCUAUACGAAUGAUGCCAUCCGUCCGUCUUUCCUCGUCAUGUACGAGCCCUAA